AUGGUUCUACUUAAGGUUACGCAAGUGCGUUUGCCCCGUGACGGUGAUGGAGGACGUUUAAAAGGUUUUGGUUAUGCUGAGGUUGGUGACAUGGAAUCGCUUAUGGCAGCGCUAAAGCUUAGCAACGAAAAUCUGCGCAAUCGCAGAAUACGAGUAGAUUUGGCAGGGCAGCAACAGGGAGAUGGAAAUCGAGAAAGUUCAGGUGAAUGGAGGAGAGGUGGUGGUGGCGGAUACGGCGGCAGGGGAGGUGAAGAUGAGAGAGCAGGUCGCAGUGAAGGAUCAUGGGAUAGGCCAAUAGUGAGCACUGAUAGUUAUGACGAUGGUUGGUAUUGAGUAAUUCUUUGUUAUAUUUAAUGUCAUCAUUUUUUAUUCAUCUAUUUCAAGAUUAUCAAAAACAUAUCUUUUCUGUGACACCCCCCCCCCUCC